AUGAGCGAAGCCGGCGGCGGCCGGGGCUGUGGGUCCUCGGUCCCCCAGCGAGCGCCAUGGAGCCUGGUAGCGGCGACGGCCGCCUUCUGCCUGGUGUCGGCCACGUCGGUGUGGACGGCGGGGGCCGCGCCCAUGAGUAGGGAAGAGAGACAGAAGCUUGGGAAUCAAGUACUGGAAAUGUUUGAUCAUGCUUAUGGUAACUAUAUGGAACAUGCUUACCCAGCUGAUGAACUCAUGCCUUUAACCUGCAGAGGUCGUGUUAGAGGCCAGGAACCAAGUCGGGGUGACGUUGAUGACGCCUUGGGAAAAUUUUCCUUGACACUGAUUGAUUCUUUGGACACUCUUGUGGUAUUAAAUAAAACUAAAGAAUUUGAAGAUGCAGUGAGAAAAGUUUUAAGAGAUGUUAAUUUAGAUAAUGAUGUAGUUGUAUCAGUCUUUGAAACAAACAUCAGAGUUCUUGGGGGUCUGUUGGGCGGACACUCCUUGGCAAUCAUGCUGAAAGAAAAAGGCGAGUACAUGCAGUGGUACAAUGAUGAACUUCUCCAAAUGGCAAAGCAAUUGGGUUACAAACUUUUACCAGCUUUCAAUACUACCAGUGGCCUUCCUUAUCCAAGAAUUAAUUUAAAGUUUGGUAUCAGAAAACCAGAAGCUCGGACAGGAACUGAGACAGAUACCUGUACAGCUUGUGCAGGUACCUUGAUCCUUGAGUUUGCUGCUUUAAGUCGAUUCACAGGAGCAACAAUAUUUGAGGAAUACGCAAGAAAAGCUCUUGAUUUUCUCUGGGAAAAAAGACAGCGAAGUAGUAAUUUAGUAGGCGUGACUAUAAAUAUUCAUACUGGAGAUUGGGUAAGAAAAGAUAGUGGAGUUGGAGCAGGGAUUGAUUCAUAUUAUGAAUAUCUAUUGAAAGCCUAUGUCUUACUUGGAGAUGACAGUUUUCUGGAAAGAUUUAAUACACAUUACGAUGCCAUAAUGAGGUACAUUAGCCAGCCACCUCUUCUACUUGAUGUGCAUAUCCACAAGCCAAUGCUCAAUGCUCGGACUUGGAUGGAUGCUUUGCUCGCCUUUUUUCCAGGUUUGCAGGUCUUAAAGGGGGAUAUUAGACCUGCCAUUGAAACUCAUGAAAUGUUGUAUCAGGUGAUUAAAAAACACAAUUUCCUACCAGAGGCAUUUACGACAGAUUUCAGGGUACAUUGGGCUCAACAUCCUUUAAGACCAGAAUUUGCAGAAAGUACCUACUUCUUGUACAAAGCUACAGGAGAUCCUUACUACCUUGAAGUAGGGAAAACACUUAUUGAAAAUUUAAAUAAAUAUGCUAGAGUGCCUUGCGGAUUUGCUGCCAUGAAGGAUGUUCGUACUGGAAGUCAUGAGGACAGAAUGGAUUCUUUCUUCUUGGCUGAGAUGUUUAAGUAUCUUUACCUGUUAUUUGCCGAUAAAGAAGACAUUAUCUUUGACAUAGAAGAUUACAUCUUUACAACAGAAGCUCAUCUGUUACCUCUUUGGCUCUCUACUACAAAUCAAAGCAUCUCUAAGAAGAAUACAACUUCAGAAUAUACAGAACUGGAUGACAGUAAUUUUGAUUGGACUUGUCCAAACACUCAGAUUCUCUUCCCUAAUGAUCCGUUGUAUGCUCAGAGCAUUCGUGAACCCUUGAAAAAUGUGGUGGAUAAGAGCUGUCCUAGAGGCAUCAUCAGAGUAGAGGAGAGUUUCAGGAGUGGAGCUAAACCCCCUCUGAGAGCCCGAGAUUUCAUGGCCACUAACCCUGAACAUUUAGAAAUCUUGAAGAAGAUGGGGGUGAGUUUGAUUCACCUCAAAGAUGGGAGAGUCCAGUUGGUUCAACAUGCAAUCCAAGCUGCUAGUUCAAUUGAUGCUGAAGAUGGGUUGAGGUUCAUGCAGGAGAUGAUUGAACUGUCAAGUCAGCAACAGAAAGAACAGCAGCUACCUCCACGAGCUGUACAGAUUGUUUCCCACCCAUUUUUUGGCAGGGUAGUGUUGACUGCUGGACCAGCUCAGUUUGGGCUAGAUCUGUCUAAACAUAAAGAGACGAGAGGAUUUGUUGCAAGCAGUAAACCAUACAAUGGUUGUUCAGAGCUUACUAACCCCGAGGCAGUGAUGGGAAAAAUCGCUUUGAUACAAAGAGGACAGUGCAUGUUUGCAGAAAAGGCACGCAACAUUCAGAAUGCUGGUGCCAUUGGUGGCAUUGUUAUUGAUGACAAUGAGGGGAGCAGCAGUGAUACUGCCCCUCUGUUCCAGAUGGCAGGUGAUGGGAAGGACACAGAUGACAUCAAGAUCCCCAUGCUAUUCUUAUUUAGUAAAGAAGGAAAUAUCAUACUGGAUGCCAUCCAGGAAUAUGAGGAGGUGGAGGUGCUCCUUUCUGACAAAGCAAAAGAUAGAGCAGCAAUAUUAAAAGGUAAAAUGAUUCCAAGCUACAUUAUUAACAGUAAUCCUGAAAUGGAAAAUGAAGAACAACCAUCCUCUGAAAAUGAUUCUCAGAGUGCUGAACAGAUUACAUCAAGUUCUCAGGAGGUUGAUUUGGUUGAUCAAGAGUCUCCUGAGGAAAGUUCUCUAAACUCUCAACCAGAAUCAUUAUCUCCAGCAGAUAUGGACAAUGCUGCAAGUGUUUCUCCUUCUGAACAGAUUUCUAACCCCAUGGAAAACCACGAGACUACAAGUCUUGAUGGUGAAUGUACAGAUUUAGAUAACCAGCUUCAAGAACAAUCAGAAACUGAGGAAGAUUCCAAUCCUAAUGUUAGCUGGGGUAAAAAGGUCCAGCCUAUAGACUCCAUAUUAGCAGACUGGAAUGAAGAUAUAGAAGCAUUUGAAAUGAUGGAGAAAGAUGAACUAUGA